AUGAAGCGCUGGCCGGUGAGGUCCACAGUUGGCCUACCACAUUCUCACUACUACAUUCCGAGGAUACGCCUGAUCGAUAAGUCUCCUCUCUUUCGCAGAAAGUUCCAAUCUGGAGCCUGCUGGUCAGCCAUUCGUACACAAAAGCUGGGAGAUGUGGGUGAAGGCAUAACUGAAUGUAUGCUCAAUAUGUGGUUCGUCGAGGAAGGAGCACGCGUGGAGGAGUGGGACAAGCUGUGUGAAAUGCAAAGUGACAAAGCAGCUGUCGAGAUCUCAGCUACUUACGCUGGCGUAAUCAAGAAGCUGUACGCUCAAGCGGACGACAUGGUCAAGACUGGAGCUCCACUUGCGGAUAUCGACGAUGGUCUUCCGGUGGAGGAGGGCUCUGCUGCCGAGACCAGCCAAGAACAUCAAGAGAACGGACCGUCACACUUAAACAGGGACGAAAAGGGUGAGCAGGUCAAGAUAGAAGCAGAAGCGGGUGAGGAAGGCGGAACACAGCUCAGAGCAUCAGCGCAGGCGGAUCGGAACGAUGAAAUGCUAAGCGAACGUUCAUUCCUUGCAACACCAGCAGUGAGAGGUCUAUUGAAGCAGCACAAUAUCGAUAUCUCCAAACUGAACGGCUCUGGUAAUGAAGGCAGGAUCUUGACAGAAGACGUCCAGGCAUACCUCGAGAACCAGAAAGAAACUCCUAUAUCGAGCUCAGCCGCACGUUCCACACAGGCAGUGGAGUCGGAACAAUCUGAGACAGUACACCCUCUCUCCCGUGUACAAAGUCAAAUGUUCCGGACGAUGACAGCAUCUCUUGCCAUUCCACAUUUUCUCUAUAGUGAUGAAGUGAACAUCACUCGCCUAUCCGGCCUCCGCAAGCGUCUUAACCAGUCACGAGAGACGCAAGAUACCAACAUCACCCUUCUUGCAUUCAUCUUAAAAGCCGUGUCCGUUUCUUUGAACCAAAAUCCGCUUCUGAAUGCUCGUCUAGAGACAGCAGACAAUCUCCGUAAGCCGCAGCUCAUAUAUCGUAGAAACCACAACAUUGGCAUAGCAAUGGAUACGCCCGCUGGGCUCCUCGUUCCAGUUGUCAAGAACGUCGGUACCCUCUCGAUCAUCGAUAUAGCUUAUGAGAUCCGGAGGCUGUCACAGUUGGGGAAUGCUAAGAAGCUUUCACCUGCUCACCUGAGUGGAGGCACAAUAACGGUAAGUAACAUUGGAAACAUUGGUGGCACGGUCGUGGCGCCAAUCAUUACCGAAGGCCAAGUCGCCAUACUCGGAGUCGGAAGGGCUCGAGCAGUACCAGUCUUUGGGCAGGGCGAUUUGGUCGAAAGGGCAGAGAUGGCCAACUUCAGCUGGAGUGCAGACCAUCGCAUCAUUGAUGGAGCAACUUUGGCGAGGAUGGGAAGCAUGGUCAAGAAUUUUAUGGAAGACCCAGAAAAGCUUAUGUUCUUCAUGAGAUGA